AUGGAGCUCAAUACGGAGCCUGAGGUCCUCAUCAUCGGAGCUGGAGUCUUCGGUAUCAGUACAGCUCAUCAUUUGGCUAAACGAUCCCCCAACCCCUCAAGCAUCACGAUCCUCGAUAGAGCUCCGCCUCCAUCUGGAGAUGCUGCAUCAACAGACAUCAAUAAGAUUGUCCGGGCAGAUUAUUCCAGCCCUAUCUAUAUGGACCUGGCAUUCGAAGCUAUCGAGGCCUGGAAAAAUAACCAUUUAUUCGCUAAUGUAGGCGUUUAUCACCAGUCAGGCUGGAUUGCCAUGAAUGAGCGGGGAAGCGAUCUUGCAGAGCGGAUUCGCCACAACUUUAAGACAAGUGGUCGCCCGGACCCUACAAGAGAUAUGACUGAAGAAGAAGUUCGUCGCAGCUGGGGUGGAAUCCUCAAAGACGCCAAUAUGGAUGCCUUUGAGUCAUACUACUUUAACCCGUCAGCCGGCUGGGCGGAUGCUGGUUCCGCCGUGAAGAUCAUGGCAGAGGAGGCGAUUCGUCUGGGUGUCCAAUAUAAAGUCGGCAAAGCUCGUCGUCUGGUAUUAGAUGACCAUGGUGUCAAGGGGGUUCAAACAAGCACUGGCGAGAUAUACACGGCCAAGAAAAUCGUCUUGGCUACAGGUGCCUGGACGAGCCAGCUGAUGGUUUCCACUGAAGAUGAUCUAGAAAUGACAGGCAAAGCUAGAAUGGAGAGCCAACUCACAGCAGCAGGAAUCUGCGUAGCCCAUUUUCAAUUGUCCCCGCAGGAACGGUCACUAUAUGACCAACUUCCAGUUUAUGUGUAUGGUGAAGAAGGUGAAGCAUUUCCUCCCACCGCGUCGGGUCUGCUGAAGUUUACCAAUACGGCUUCAUUUAAGAACACCAUCCAAACUGAGAGUGGUCACACCAUUUCUGUGCCACCUCCAAAGGACCAACGAGAUGUCCCAGAGGCAUUGCGUCGAGAGUUCCUUGAGUCGAUCCGGGGUCGUCUGCCCCAGCUGUUUACACAGGAUCGCCAAGUGAAUUAUUAUCGAUUAUGCUGGGACGCGAUCACACCUGAGCAACACCCUCUAAUCACCCAGCAUCCACAUCCCCAGCUCCCCAACUUAUAUCUUGCUGUCGGUGGCUCAUUUCACUGUUGGAAAUUCCUCCCUACCGUCGGCCACUAUGUUGCCAAUGUUGUCCACGGGGUAGGCAAUGGGGCCGACCGUGACAAAAUCUGGGGCUGGAAGGAGGAACAACAGGGCCGUGGGGUCCAUGAUAGUCUGAUUCCAGAUCGGGAGCUUCGAGAUUACUAG